CAUUUCUUUUUUCGCAGUUUUCUUAGAAUAAUUUAAAUAACAAAAUGGAAAAAAUUAAAGAUAUUUGUGACAAAAAUUACUACAAAAAUGGACAAAACUCUACAGUUAUUAAAAAUGAUUUGGCUGAGAUACAUUUUAAAAUUUUUGUUCAUAGUGUUCUUAUUUGUUUGAUAUCAGUUGCCUAUUUUUGGGAUUAUAAGGAUAAAGUUACACAUAAAUUACCCUGGAAAAAAGUUUGUGUGCCUUUGAUUUACAUGUUAUCCGUUGUAAUAGUGCCUUUAUCGAUUUUCUUGCUAUCCGUUUUUGCAAUCGUUAGAAAAAUUGCACACGUCUAUUUAAAAUUAAAAUAUGGUGAAAACUAUGGCGGCCUACUCUGUAGAGGAGACGUUGUGUGGGCGAUUGAAGGAAGUUCCCGAAACAUAAUUAACACAGUCUUGCUUAUAGAUGCAAAAGAUAAAACCAUUGAUAAUAUACGCGAGAAUAUUAUUAAUCUUAUGAAAAAGAAGUUCUACGAUAAAAAUUGCCUGAAAAUCACUGGAAUCAGGCAGAAUGAAAUGGGGUAUACAUUUCUUUUGAAGAAUCAGUAUGGAGUCGACGAAGGUGUUUCUUUUUUUCCGGAUUUUAUACAGAUAACAAACACAGACGAAAUGGAAGAUGUUAUUGGUCAUUAUAGUAAUGUUCCUAUGCCUAAAAACGACCGGGCAAUGUGGCAUAUUUUGAUUACCAAACAACCGCUAAAGUGGAAGGGUAAAGACAAUUUUGUUCUUCUUCUUAGAGUUCACCAUACUGUGGGCGACGGAUCGGCUUUAUUAAGAACUUUUUUGCAAUGCUUUUCCGAUGAUAUUCCUGAGAACACUCAAAUUCAACAAGCCAAAAAAACGGUUUCAGAUUAUGUAAAAAUAUUCAUAGAAGGAUUUUAUAUAAUAUUGAUGUCUUUUGCUUUCACAAUAAAUCAAAACAUGAUUAACCAUGACGAUGCUUCUAUUUUGCAUGGAAAAGAAUUAUCUGGCGAAAAAAUUACCGUUUGGUUCGUUGAAGAGAAUGUUGAUUUGGUGAAUGCCGUAAAAAAUGUAAAGAAAAAACUCCCAAAUAUAAGAUUCUCUGAAGUUUUGGUCAGCGCUAUUUCAUAUGGUGUUUUGGGUUAUUUUAAAAAGAAAUCUGAAUCGGUACCUCAGUGUGCUACAGCCAUUAUUCCAGUUACCGUUUCUGGAAAAGAAGCAACGAUGGAAAAUACUUUUUCAUUUUUUCUUAUGAAGACUCCAAUAACCAUAAACGAAAGUGAAUUCCGCAUGCUUAAAAGGUUGGAAAAAGUCAAGUAUUGUACGCAAUCUAUGAGAAACUCCAUCGAUUGCCAGGUAAAUUAUUGGUUUUUGAACGUAAUAACUUCGGUCUUACCAGAACCAGUAACCAGAGCUCUACUUAAUCUCAAUAAAUGUACCAUGGGGAUCAGCAACUUACCUGGUUCUAAAAAAAUAACUAUUUUCAAUGGUUGUGUCCUUACGGACGUUAUAUUUUGGGUACCAAACAGAGGAAGAACUGGUUUAGGAUUUUCCAUUUUUACAUACGAUAACAGGUUUCAAUUGGGUUUAAUUGUGGAUAAGGCCUUGAUUUCUUGUAAAGAAGAGGCAAGUUCAAUUUUAAAUAAUAUGUGUGAAUAUAUUAUUAAUUUACACAAGGAAGUAGAACUGAUGGAAUAGUUUUAAUAUAUAUUAGUAUACCUACUUAAAGUCAAGUCAAAUCCAAGCCGGACUCUACAUAAACACAAUCAUAAGUUGUCCAUGCUCUAUUCACGUGAUCGACGAAAAUUGUUGCACUGGGCCGUAUUAAAAUAUAUUGAAUCAAUAUUAUUGAUCAUUUAAUAUUUUAAAUUUAUUUUUUUAAACUUUGAUGGAAAGGUUUUAAAAUAUUUAUAAAAUUUAUAUUUUUUAAAUUACGAAAUUAACAAAAUUUUGGGAAAUAAUUUCAUUAUUAUUUUAACUUUAUUUUUUUAAACUUUAAUGUAAACUUUUUAAAUUUUUUACGAAAAUUAUAUUUUUUAAAUUAACUUCACGAAAUUUUUGAAAAUUAUUUUAAAUUUAUUGUUUUAAACUUUAAUAAUUAAAGUUUAAUGAAAACAUUUAUAAUAACCUCUUUUAUUUCCACACUUAAGUGAUUUC